AUGUCAAGAGGAAAUUAAAGAGUUUAAUUACCUUAAAUCCAAUAGAAAUAGUAAGUGGAGAAUUACAAUUUCAUUACUUCAAAAAAGAAAACAGUUUAAUUCUAAUAGUCUCUACCCUAAGAAGAUAUUUAAGAAGAUUGGAAGAAGAAAUGUGAAGAAUUAUAAAAGGAUGUUGAAACAAGAAAUCAAACAAUUUUUAGUAUUCAAAGAAAUUUUGAAUCUCUUUCAGCAUUAUUAAAGACUGAGAAGUAAGAGAAUAUGGGAAUUAGAGAUGAAGUUAUUAGAUUAAGAGAGUUGAAUUAAUAAUUAUAAUAAUAAGAUAAAGAUAAUCAAUAGAAAAUAAAUGAGAACUAAAGAAAAUUAAAGGAAUUAUAAUAAUAUCAUGAUUAAUUAUAAGAAGAAAGGAAAACUAAUUAAAGAUAGAAUGUUGAAAUUAAUAAUUUGAAAAAUUAAAUUACUUAACUAGAAGCAAUCAUUAACAGAAAAGAAAAUGAAAUUAGAUAAAUGUCAUAAACUAUUACAUCUCUUUAAAUGGAUUUAUCAUUGCUACCUUCAUUAACAAAAGAUAAUGAAAAGUUACAAUAAACUAUAGAAACAUUGAAGGAAUAAAUUAUAUAUUUAGAGGUAUUUAAAUUAAAAUCAUUAUUUAGAAAUCUAAUGCAGAUAAAGAAUUAAAUCUCUAAAUUGCAUUUAAAAAUCACACAUAACUUAAUAGUCUUAUAGAAAAUUUGAAAUUAGAUAAUAUUGCUGCCUAAGGUACUAUUAAACAUCUUAAAUCUGAAGAAAAUGUAUAUAUUUAUUAUAUAUUUUAAGAUAUCUCUAUUAAAGAUAGCUAAAUAAUAAUAAGACAUAUAAGAAUUGUAAUCUUAAAUUAAAUAAUUACAAGAUUAACUUAAUAAUCAAAAUACUGUCUUAUAAACAAGAAAUUAAUAAGAUGGAUAAUAAAAUUAAGCCAUAUUAUAAUUAUAAAAGUAAUUAUUAGAUUCUCAAAAACAAUAUUAAAUAAUUAUUGAUGAAAAUUAAAAUCUAACUAAUUUUGUAAAUGAAAAUAUGCCAAUAAUAGAAUAAUAUUAAUUAGUCUUAUCAACUUUUGGAAAUACUAAUUUUAUUUAAUUAAUCAAAGAUUAUUAGAAAUUAUAAUAAGAUAUUAAAUUAAAAAUUGAAAAACAUGAAUAAACAUAAUUAGAAACAUAAAAAUUGACUGAGAAAUUAUAAUAAUGUUAAUUAGAAAUUACUAGUGUAAGAAGUUAAAUUACAUAAUUAUAAUAACAAAAUAAAGAAUUAACUUAAAAAGCUUCAUAUUUUGAGGAUGAAUUAAAAACAUAUUAAACUAUUAAAUCUUCAUCUCUUAAUAAUGAAUAGGUUAUUAAAACCUUAUAAACACAAUUAAAACAUAAAAGUGAUAAUGAAUAAAAUCUAUUAUCAUAAAUGAGAAUAAUUUAAUAAGAAUUAUAAUAAUAUAGUGAAUUUGAUGGAUUAAUUAUGACAUAUAAGUAAUUUACAAAACCAGCAGAAUUUAUAUUAACUUCAGAUCUUAAUUAACUUAAAUAGAAUAUUGAAUAAAUUACAUAAUCAAAUUAAUUAUAUAUUGAAGAUAUUGAAUAAAGAAAUAAAUAAAUUGAAUCCUUAACCUAAUAAAUUUAAGAUAAAGACUAAGUUCUUAAUGAUUAAAAUACAUAAUUAAGUAGUUCUAAUCAAUAAUUGAUUACUUUGAAAAUGAAAUUGGAUUAAACAUUAAUUGAAUUAGAUCAAUUAAGUAAAGAGACUAAAGCCUAGAAAGCUUCUAUUGAUUAAUUAGGGAAUGAUCUUACUAUGGCCAAUAAAGAGAAUAGGAAUCUUUCAUAAUAGGUUUAUGAAUAAAUGGAAAAUUUACAAUAAUUAAAUAUGAAGAAUGGAAAUCUAUAAAAAGAAUUAAAUUGUAUUUUAUAUAUAUAUAUAAAUAUUUCUAGAAAAUUAAGAUAUAACAUACAAAUUAGGUUUAGAUGUUAAGAAUUUAACUUAAAAAUUAAAGAAAACAGAGGAAGAAUUAGAAAUGUUGGUAAUAUAUUAUAUAAUAAAAAUAGAAUCCUGAAAAAAUGAGAGGAUUGUAAUUAUAAUUAGAUUAAAAAGAGAAAGAAUUUUAAAGUCAAUUAUAAAAUAUUGCACUUGCUUUGGAUGCUUAAAUUACAUCUAUCUCCUGUAAUAGUUGUAUGGAAGUAUUAUAAAAGACUAAUACUUGUUAUCCAUGUGGCCAUUCAUAUUGUGAGAAAUGUUUCCAAAAUCAGUGUUCAGAAUGCUAAGAUUAAGAUGGUUGGUUUAAGAAUAAGAGAUUAGAUGACUUAAUUAGUAAGAUAAAUUAUUCAAAAUAAAUUCUGAAUACUUAUAAAAAAAAAUGA